CACGGCUCUCCCUCAGCUCGUCACAGUGUUUCCCGUUGCUCUGUAUUUAUAAGGCGCCGUGGUGAGCGCAAAGGCACAAGCAUGCCUCUUCUCUAGAGGGGCACAGCGCGUCGCAGCCACUAGAGACGAUUCUUUUUGACAGAGCUGUGUAGCUGCUGCUGCUGAGGAAGAGUCGCGGGAGUUUUACCCCAAGUUCUCCAAAGCAGGUCGCUGAGAAAGCGACUUUGUUCUCAGGGAAUAAUCCCAGAGAACACACAUAUAAUUACCAGAAAGCACACACACACAUACAAACACACAGCCACAUACAGUCAACAUGCAGGAGUCCGAGCCUACAGUGUGCCAGCUGCAGCCCAACAUCAUCUCUGUGCGUCUGUUCAAGAGGAAGGUUGGUGGUCUGGGCUUUCUGGUAAAGCAGAGGGUUUCCAAGCCGCCUGUCAUCGUGUCAGACCUCAUCCGUGGUGGCGCCGCAGAAGAGUGUGGCCUGGUGCAGGUGGGCGACAUCGUCCUGGCCGUCAACAACAAGCCUCUGGUGGAGCUUUCCUAUGAACGGGCCCUGGAGACGCUGAAGAAUGUGUCACCUGAAAGCCAUGCCGUGCUCAUACUUCGUGGACCUGAGGGCUUCACCACCCAUCUGGAGACCACCCUCUGUGGAGAUGGCCGCCAGCGUACAGUGAGGGUUACACGCCCUGCUUUCCCACCCUCCAAGUCCUUUGAGCACUGCUCUCCGCUCAGUCCUUUCAGCCCUGGGCAACAGCAGCAGAUCAACAAGGAGCCUCAGCUUCGAGCCAUAGAGAACCUGUCCUCUCCAUCCAUUACCCAGUCCCUCCUGCAGAGGGGGGGCAUACAGGCCCAGGACCCCCUGCUGAUGAAGGAUGGAGGCCGUGGAACUCUUUUGUGUAAUGGUCUGGAGGAAAACAACGAUCUGCUGAAGGAGAUCGAACCGGUGCUGCGCCUCAUCAAAAACACCAAAAAGGAGAUCAAUGGGGAAGGCCAGAGGAAUGCAGGAAGAAGGGAUGCCGAGAUUCAAGUGGCCUGGGACCUUGGCGUGGGAAACGGCAUGUCUCUCCAGCUGGCGUCAGAUAAAGAAAGACUGCUGGAAAACAUGCCACUGGUGUGCAAGAACACUGACAAGCCCCUCGAGCGCGACAUGACUUCUCCCACUAAGACACAGCAGAACGGCAGUCCCUCCAAAUGUCCCCGCUUCAUGAAGAUCAAGAACUGGGAGAAUGGCGUCAUCUUCAAUGAUACACUCCACUACAGCUCCAGCAAAAAUCCAGUCUGCUCAGAAAAUGUGUGCUUGGGCUCCGUGAUGACGCCGAACUAUCGCAAACCAGACGAAGUCAGAUCCAAAGAGGAGCUGCUUUCACUGGCCACAGACUUCAUAGAUCAAUACUACACCUCCAUCAAAAGGAAUGGCUCUAAGGCUCAUGUGGACAGGCUGGAGGAGGUCACCAAGGACAUCGAGGCUUCGGCGACAUACCAGCUGAAGGACACUGAACUCAUUUACGGAGCUAAACAUGCCUGGAGGAAUGCUGCCCGAUGUGUUGGGAGGAUCCAGUGGUCCAAGCUACAGGUCUUUGAUGCUAGAGACUGCACAACAGCUCAUGGAAUGUACAACUACAUCUGCAACCAUAUCAAGUAUGCCACUAACAAAGGCAACCUGAGGUCAGCCAUCACCAUAUUUCCUCAGAGGACAGAUGGCAAACAUGACUUUCGAGUGUGGAACACUCAGCUGAUUCGUUAUGCAGGCUACAAACAGCCUGAUGGAAAGAUCCUUGGAGACCCGGCUAAUGUGGAAUUUACAGAGAUCUGCAUCCAGCUGGGAUGGAAAGCUCCAAAGGGUCGUUUUGAUGUCCUGCCCCUCCUGCUGCAAGCCAAUGGAAAUGACCCCGAGUUGUUUGAGAUUCCCGAAGACCUCAUCCUGGAGGUGCCGAUCACUCACCCAAAGUACGACUGGUUCAAAGACCUGAACCUGAAGUGGUAUGGGCUCCCAGCGGUUUCCAGCAUGUUGCUGGAGAUUGGCGGCUUGGAGUUCACUGGCUGCCCCUUCAGUGGGUGGUACAUGGGCACAGAGAUUGGCGUGAGGGAUUUCUGUGACAGUUCACGCUACAACAUUCUGGAGGAGGUUGCUGACAAGAUGAACUUAGACACAAGGAAAACUUCCUCUCUGUGGAAAGACCAGGCACUGGUGGAGAUCAACAUUGCUGUGCUCUACAGCUUCCAGUCAUGCAAAGUGACCAUAGUUGACCAUCACUCAGCUACGGAAUCUUUCAUGAAGCACAUGGAGAACGAGUAUCGGGUGCGAGGUGGCUGUCCUGGAGAUUGGGUGUGGAUUGUUCCGCCCAUGUCGGGAAGUAUCACGCCUGUUUUCCACCAAGAAAUGCUCAACUACCGGCUCACCCCCUCCUUUGAGUACCAGCCUGAUCCAUGGCAUACACAUGUGUGGAAGGGAGUCAAUGGGACACCCACAAAGAAAAGAGCCAUUGGAUUUAAGAAACUUGCCAAGGCUGUGAAGUUUUCGGCCAAACUUAUGGGUCAGGCAAUGGCCAAGAGGGUAAAAGCCACCAUACUGUUUGCCACGGAGACAGGCAAAUCGCAAGAUUAUGCCAAAACUCUCUGUGAAAUCUUCAAGCACGCGUUUGACGCAAAGGUCAUGUCGAUGGAUGAGUAUGAUGUGGUCGACUUGGAGCAUGAGACACUUGUGUUAGCAGUGACCAGCACUUUUGGCAAUGGAGAUCCGCCUGAAAAUGGAGAGAAAUUUGGAGCCGCCUUAAUGGAGAUGCGACACCCAACAUCCAACACAGAAGACAGAAAGAGCUACAAGAUUCGUUUCAAUAGCGUGUCCUCCUACUCUGACACUCGCAAGUCCUCCAGUGAUGAACCGGAUGCCAGAACAAACUUUGAGAGCACUGGACCACUAGCUAAUGUCAGUCCCAAAAAGAGAAGUGACCAGGUAUUCACAGCAAAGAUGCAGACACCUCCAAACGUCUCUGGAAAUCAAGCCAACUGCCGACGUCCGCUGCGGUUCUCAGUAUUUGGCCUUGGCUCCAGGGCCUACCCACACUUCUGCGCCUUUGCCCACGCUGUGGACACGCUGUUUGAGGAGCUGGGGGGAGAACGCAUCCUACGCAUGGGAGAAGGAGAUGAGCUGUGCGGUCAGGAGGAGUCUUUCAGAACCUGGGCCAAGAAGGUUUUUAAGGCUGCUUGUGAUGUGUUCUGUGUCGGCGAUGAUGUAAACAUCGAGAAGGCCAAUGACUCCUUGAUCAGUAAUGACCGUAGCUGGAAGAAAAGCAAGUUCCGCUUGACGUACACAGCCGAAGCCCCAGUGCUCACUGAAGCAUUAUACAGUAUUCACAAGAAGAGGGUUUAUGGAGCAAAGAUGUUGGAAUCACAAAACCUACAAUGUCACAAAUCCAAUCGCUCCACCAUAUUUGUGCGGCUCCACACAAACAACCACGACAGCCUGCGCUACAAGCCCGGCGACCAUCUGGGCAUCUUCCCUGGCAACCACGAGGACCUGGUUACAGCGCUCAUCGAUAAAUUGGAAGAUGCUCCACCUGUCAAUCAAAUUAUUAAAGUGGAGUUCCUGGACGAGCGAAACACUGCCCUUGGGGUAAUCAGUAAUUGGACAAAUGAGACUCGUAUCCCUCCAUGCACCAUCUAUCACGCCUUCCAGUAUUUCCUGGACAUCACCACCCCACCGACCCCUGUGCUGCUGCAGCAGUUUGCUGCUCUUGCAACCAGUGACAAAGAGAAAAAGAAACUAGAGCUCCUCAGUAAGGGCUUGCAGGAGUACGAGGAGUGGAAGUGGUACAACAAUCCGACACUGGUGGAGGUGCUAGAGGAGUUCCCCUCUAUUCAGAUGCCCUCCACUCUGCUGCUCACCCAGCUGCCCCUGCUGCAACCUCGCUAUUACUCGAUCAGCUCUUCUCCUGAUCUGCACCAAGAGGAGAUCCAUCUCACAGUUGCUGUGGUCUCUUACCGGGCUAAAAAUGGAGAAGGACCCAUUCACCAUGGAGUGUGCUCAUCAUGGCUCAACAGGAUAGAGAAGGGGGACAUGGUGCCAUGUUUUGUCCGAAGUGCACCAUCGUUCCAGCUUCCCAAAGACAACCAGGCACCUUGUAUCUUGGUGGGUCCAGGGACCGGUAUCGCCCCAUUCAGAAGCUUCUGGCAAAAAAGACUCUAUGACCUUGAACACAAAGGGAUUGAAUCGUGUCCCAUGGUCCUGGUGUUUGGUUGUCGGCAGUCUGAGAUGGACCACAUCUACAAGGAGGAGACAAUCCAGGCCAAGAACAAAGGGGUGUUCAAGGAGCUCUACACGGCAUAUUCUAGAGAGCCUGGCAAACCAAAGAAAUAUGUACAGGAUAUACUGCGUGAGCAGCUGUCGGAGAUGGUGUACCAGUGCCUGCGGGAGGAGGGAGGACACAUCUACGUGUGCGGGGAUGUAACGAUGGCUGGAGAUGUUCUCAAGACUGUGCAGCAAAUCGUCAAGCAGCAGGGCAACAUGAGCCUGGAGGACGCUGGCUUCUUCAUCAGCAAGCUUCGGGAUGAGAAUCGCUACCAUGAGGACAUCUUUGGUGUCACCCUGCGCACUUAUGAGGUCACAAACCGACUGCGCUCAGAGUCCAUCGCCUACAUCGAGGAGAACAAAAAGGAUUCGGAUGAGGUUUUCUGCAUGUAAGUUGAUGAAUGGGGGCUCUCUGAGAACAACCAGUCUGGAGGAUUCAGCAGCACUGGUUUAGAGAAUACUGUGCCAAUUUUUUUACUGUAAAAAUGUUUUUCUUUCUUCCUUUCUUUCUUCCUUCCUUCCUUCAUUUUUUAUAAACCACUUUAAUGUUUCUGUUGGACUUGCAAUUUUGUCUGUAGCAAGUUGGAAAUGUUCUGUUGUCUGAGAAUCUGUUUUGCUUGUUGAUGAUACUUCCAAAAAUUAUACAAUUGAUAAAUUAUAAUUUAUUAUGUGUAAACCUGUUGUGAUGACCUGCCUCAUUGUGGAUGCAUGACCAAGGAAAGAAUAUACUCAAUGAAUAUAAUAUACUCUGUAUUAUUGUUACAGUAAAAAAAAAAAAGGAUGUUUGUUUGUUUUCUUUUGUUUCAUUUUUUGGGGUUUUAUAUUUGCAAGGGAAUCUGUUUGAAAGUGUCUGAUUUAUGACUUAAGUUGACUCAGAAUCAGGGCUGGUCAAUUGUGUUUUUUUGUCCUCUUUUUUUAUAUCAAAGGCUGUAGAUUCAGAAAAGGUUUGAAAUGUGAAAGAUGUACAGCCAUUCAUGGAUUCACUGGUCACCCUGACUUAUGUGACAAACAUAUGAUCCAGCUCUUGACAGCAGGUAGUUUUUAAGGAUGGACGAUGCAUUUCCACCUCCACUGUACAAAAAUUAAACCAAAUUAUUCUGAAUACGAGUGCUGAUAAUGAUAUCCUGUGCUGGUGAUGAAUCAUGGAGUACAGCUGCGACAUUGAGGUACCACCUGACUUACUGCAAAUUAGUCGUGUCAGUCAUGAUUAGCUCGAUGUUUAAACCUUCUGAAGUGUGAAAGACUUUAAGACGUAUUCUACUGCCAGCCACCAGGGGGUGAACAAGAGGGUUGGAGUUAUUCUAAUGAGGAGCUGCCAUUUCCCCAGUCUUCAUUUACAGUGUCUGAUUGGUCAGCCUUUGUGUUAGCGCUCUGGCCUGUCCAUCCUCUCAUAACAUCACAUCAUCACAUGUGGAGGAGGGCGCACGCUAAAGAGGACAUUUUAUUUGACGGCUUUCAGGUUGUAUCCAAUUAUGAAAGAUCAUGACAUAUACUAUAAUGACGCUUUGAAAAGUCUUCUUCAUCUCGUUCUGGCUGUGCAGUCGAUGAGACUAUCGAAAACCACAGGGAAUAUGAUUGUUACAGCCAGUAUUCAGUUAGCAGGCGCUCACACCAAACGUUGUACACAAACCAAAGUUCCAUACAUUUUAUAGUCGGUUAACUGUGUGGCUUGUUCCUGGUUGGAAGCAGCGGUAUUAACCCCCCCCCUCCUAAAAAAUCUGAUGAUGUCAGUCUUUGUACACGCAGAAUGCAAUUUGAAAUUUAAAAUAUGAAAUGCAGAAGGGUAUGCUGGUAAGAAAGUGUUGUUACCUUCAGCUGCUCGGCGUCCAGUCUUCAAUCAUCUGAGCCUGGAGUGUUGUGUUUACCCCACAAAAGCAUGGUAGUGGUAUCGACCACUGCACUCUCACUAAGAGAGAUGUUUUUCCUCCAUAAGAUGUUAAACUCAACCCUUUAAAAAGCCUGUCUGCGACAGAACCGUCGUUGUUAAGGGAAGCGAAACAUAUUUGGUUGAGCACACUGUGCUACCCCACAUCAUAUCUGGCAGCUGUCAAAUUUGCACAGCAAUCACCUGUUGACCUUUAAUUUUAUUUUAUUUUUUUCAGCAUCACGACUCCGAUGCCUCUUGCCUUACAUUAACUCUCAGCUUCUGCCUACAUACACUAUUCUCUCUCUCUCUCUCUCUUUUGUCUAAUGCCACUCUUUCACUGUGACCUGACACCUGCUUGGUAGCAUCAGCUUGUGUGAGUGAAUGCGUGCGUGCGCGUGUGUGUGUCAUAAGUGCGUGCUUCUCUAUAUAAGUGGGUGUAAACAUGCACAUUUCUACAUUACCUCGUCAAAGUGGUGAGAUUUUAAAUCAAAUUUGGUGCUCCCCAAUUCACACGAUCCUGAUCUUACAGAUGGUAUUUAGGUAUCAGGAAACUGGCUUUUUGUUUUGAUCUCAGCAGCUCAGUAUACUAUUAUAAAUUCCAGGGAAGAUUUAUCUUAUCCAAAGCGGAGAGGCAGCGGUGCUGCAGCUGUGGUCACUUGCUGCUUUCCAGUUUGUCAGGGUUGUAAUUUCAAUACAUUUGUGCUGCAGCCACAUCCUGCAGGUUUUUCCUCCUUUUCACAGUCUUGUUGAUAACCUGGUCUCUAAUUCACUGUAAAGAUAGCUGUCAUUGUGACACUAAAGAUUUCAGUGCGAGGUCCAGUUGUCCCUCACGGCUGCAAAGAAUAUGUUAGCUUUUUUGUUUGUUUGUUUGUUUGUUUUCCUCCGAAUGAACGGACAAUUCCCAUUGUCCCCUUGUGCCGUUUGUUCGGGAUGAAUGUCUCCUCUGUAUCAUUUCUUUAAACAGACUUUGUUUAAUUGGAAUGAGAAAAUCUCUGUGGUGUAAAACAGUUGAUACAAGAUCAUCGCUUCUAUACAUAAAUAUACAUAUUAUAUAUAUAUUCAAAGACAAAGCAUAGCAUAUAAAGAGUAACACUUUGAUCUUUUUUAAGAAUGUAUUUUGAUUAUGUAAAUGAGCACUAUGAUUCUGCUUUAAAAUCCUGAAAAAAAGAACAAAAAAGCCUAUUCUAUAAGGUGUCUCGCAUAUCUUUUAGGUAUGGGGAUAAAACAGCAGCAUUAAAUAAAUGCAUGGUGAUCUCUGUCCUAAAAAAAAAGAAAAAGAAAAAGAGAAGCUCUGUCUAUUUACCAGCACUGUGUCAGUCAGUGAGACUGUAUUGUGAGACCCGUUCCACAGGAGGCUUUGGAUGCUUAAAAAAAGAAAAAAAAAAGAAAAACUUUUUGGAGGGAGUUUCUUUUUCUGUGUUUGCAUAUUGCUGCUAUGACCAACUCUGAUCCAAACAGCCUCUGCUAUAAUGACCUUUGUUGUGUAUUUAAAUAAGGAUAUUCCAUUUUAAUGCGUCAUCUGCAAGGACUUUGCAUUUACUCACAAAUAAAAAGAAACAUUUACAGAAUA